UGGUACAACAGUCCCAACAGCUCAAAAACAACGGCAGCUCCAGGUGAUCCAUCGACAGCGCCUAAAGUAACAACGGCAGCUCCAGGUGAUCCAUCGACAGCGCCUAAAGUAACAACGGCAGCUCCAGGUGAUCCAUCGACAGCGCCUAAAGUAACAACGGCAGCUCCAGGUGAUCCAUCGACAGCGCCUAAAGUAACAACGGCAGCUCCAGGUGAUCCAUCGACAGCGCCUAAAGUAACAACGGCAGCUCCAGGUGAUCCAUCGACAGCGCCUAAAGUAACAACGGCAGCUCCAGGUGAUCCAUCGACAGCGCCUAAAGUAACAACGGCAGCUCCAGGUGAUCCAUCGACAGCGCCUAAAGAAACAACGGCAGCUCCAGGUGGUCCAUCGACAGCGCCUAAAGUAACAACGGCAGCUCCAGGUGGUCCAUCGACAGCGCCUCAAAAAACAACGGCAGGUCCAGGUGGUCCAUCGGCAACACCUCAAGUAACACCAGAUGGUCCAGCUACAAAACCACCAUCAACACCAGCUCCAACAAAACCAGUUCCAGUUCUAGACCCUUGUGAGUCAAACCCAUGCGGCGGAGGUAGCACCUGUGUACCUCGUUUCAAUCAAAUGUUUGAAUGCCUGUGUUUGCCUGGUAGAGUCUACAAUAAUGACAGCAACACUUGUGAGAGUGCCAAGGUUUUCCCUGGACAACUGACCCUGGCAAAAGAGUACAAUCCAAACCUUGCAGACCCCACAUCAGAAGAUUUUCUGAGUGUGUCUAAAGACGUUGUUACAGAGCUGGACAAUGUUUUUAAGUCAACUCCUGGCUACUCUAAAUCUAUAGUGCUGAAACUGAAGCCCGCUAUUAGUGUCAGAGUGUGGUUCAGGGCGACGCCAGGUAUCUUGGCUGAAGUAGAAAACAUCUUUGAGCCAACAGCUACCAUUGAAGCUAAAACAAUUACAGAAACAUUGAAAAAGGCGAUUACAGAGUCAACUGAAGGUUCUCUCCUGAAUGGGGCAGAUUUUAAAGAGGCUGACCUGUGUACUUCAAAACCUUGUGAUGUGAAAACCACAGAUUGCACUCCCAAGAAUGGAUCUUUUGGCUGUUCAUGUAAGGACGGCUACAUUAAGACGAGCUACAGCGACAGAGUAUGCAUUGCUUGUCCCAGUGGGCAACAAGCUGGGACCAGUGGUUGUGUCGAUUGUACAUUUGGUUAUUCUGGCUUAAACUGCAAUGAAUCAUGGCAACUUGCGCUGGUAGUCGUGUCUGUUGUUGUAGGAGGACUGCUGCUCAUCUCAGGCAUUGUUAUGGGUGUAUUGGCAUGCAGACCUGCCAAGAAGAGCUCCAAGAAAAUGAAAGAUGCAGGCACGGCAAAGCAUAAUGUCAGCAACUUUUCUGCAAAAGCACCAUUGGUCAACAGCACAGCCAACAGCCGAGCACCCUUGGUGAAUGGAUCAGCCAACGCCUAUGCUAGCGCCGGGGUGCCUAGAAUCCCCCGGGCUAUGACAACAAGCAGCCUGGACCACAGGACCAACCUGGAGAUGACUCCGAGCAGCAGCCGGCAAAACCUGGUCCCUAAUGGGAGGAACGCGCGGCUCUAUGAUGACCCUGACGACAUGAAGCCAUACACACAGGCUCGACCCCAGAACAACCCCUACGCCCAGGCUCGACCCCAGAACAACCCGUACGCCCAGAAUCGCCUCCAGAACAACCCGUACUCCGCCAAGGAGGGGUACACCAACCCUUACGUCACCAAUGACAAUGGAAGACGGUUAUAUUAAUAAUGGUUGUUCAACCAUCCCAAAUAACACAACCUCUUUAAUUCCUCAUUAUGGCAUUAUGUAUACAGAAGCAUGAAUUAGAUGUCCUUUCACCACAAUGACUCGCAGAGUUUGAAUGUAACUGUGAUCAAUUAUAAGCUUCCAACAGUCAUUUCAGUUGUUUCCAUGACACAUCUACUGAACAUCUUCCUUUGGGAUUUGGAAAAAUGCAGGCCUAUUCAAAGGUGUCAGUCAAAUCUGAAUUAAACUCAGGGACCAGUAUAUUUAAGAUAUAACUAUUUUGUCCAGUUAAUAUCUUGCUCGUCAGUGAAUUUACUAGAUAUCACUUUAUAUGUCAAAUGUUUACGCUGUGUCAUUAUGUGUAACUCAUUAACUCAUCUUAUUGUGAAGGAGACGAGUUUCUUAAAGUCUGAUCAAAUAUUGUUCAAGUGUUCAUUAUCUAUCUGUCUGUCUGUCUAUCUAUCUAUCUGUCUAUCUAUCUAUCUAUCUGUCUAUCUGUCUGUUUGUGUAAAAAGUUUAUUAUAUUAAGAAUGUUUGUUUUUCUUUUUUGUAUUUCUAAGAUAUAUAUAUAUUGUGUCAAUUUUCAUUUUGAUUAAUACUUAAGUAUUAUUCAACACCAAUAAAAUAAAGUUAUAAGAAAUAUUUGAUGGCUUAUUGUACUGCUACGUGUAAUGUUAUACACUUCUUAUAUAAGAUAGUCAUGUACGGAUGUAUUGAUCAAACAUCAAUAUUUCAAUUUAAUGUAUUUAAUCAAUAAAUAUGUCUUAUGAAUGUGAAAGCAUAAGUGAUUAUUUGAAUAAAUUACUAUCUCCAUUA